UCUAGCCAUAUAGCAGGAUGGCAGAAGCACGCCUGGGUAACGGGGGCGAGUGAGACUUUUAAAGGCUGAGUGUGAGGGGAGACUCACUCACUAUCGCCCCUUGCCUUCGCCCCCUUCGUCUCCUCACACCAUCAGCCUCUCGACACGAUCUUCACGAUGUCUGUCGCACGCGCGAUACUCAGCACGGGGCUCGUGGUCCUUGACCAAGUCGCAUUCGGCGCCAGCGCCGCGCCCGGCAUCUAUCACACACCAUGCGGCCCUACGGCGCGCUCUAGCUCACCGGGGCACUCACGACAAACACAACGCACCCUCCUCUCCGCUCUCGCCCUCUUCGAGUGGCUCGCCGUCCUCGACCUCCAACACUCCGCCUACCACGGGCACUCGUCCCCCCUCGCCUUCCUCACGCACGCCUGCCAGACACGCUCUUAUGCGGCCCCGGGCAUUGCCGCGUGCGUCCUCGGCGUCCUGCUCGCCGCGCUCGGGGCGCUCAUUCGUUGGGAUGCCGGGGCCGUGAGCAGCGGAGUGCCACGCGUCUCGCGCGCGUCGCCGGUGCAGUCGAGGUGGCACACUUUCGCGCGGCAUCCCGAGGAGGCGGGCGCGCUGCUCUUCGUCGCGGGCGCGGCGCUGACACAUCUCACGGAGGGCGGAGUUCUCGUCGGGUGCACACCAUCGUGGGAGACUGGGAUGGGGAAGGCGGUAGCUGCACUUCUAUGCGGGGCGUUGGCACUGAGAGCGAGCGCGGGUGAGGUUCGGAUGCGGGAGCGGGAGAUGCGGGUGGCGUUUGGGAGGCGAUGGAGCUCGUACACGAGUGUCGUGCGGUGGAAGGUGAUACCUGGGGUGUAUUGAUGAUCUCUGUGUACAAUUAGGGCGCGCUUGAUUAACUCGAAGAUACCCAUAGCUAAAGGGAUACGGACCUUCGGCUAUAAAUUUGAAGUUGUAUGUUCCCUUCCAGUGCGGCGCAUGGAUUGUCAGUUCGAACCUGGGAUGCGAGUGUAAAGAUACAGCUGCGCAUAAGAGGAUGGGGAUCCAAUCGUCG